GUCGACUGACUGACGGUUGAAACGAUUUGUGCUUUAUAAACAGAACACACCGGAAAAUAUCGACAACAACAACGAGAACGAUACAAAUCUGUAUAGUGAGGGCAGAACGGGCUAAUGUUGAUAAACAUCGGUGCGGAAAAAUUGUUCGAAAUACAGUCUUAGAACACGCUGUACGCAAGACGCGGUCUGAAUUAAAAAAAUAAUACAAAUAUAAGAAAUAUGUUAAAAUACGAGUAAUUCAUAGAAAUAAAUUUCUUAAUGCCCCAACUUAGAGGCGAACAUAUAGCAAACACUUUCAAACCGAAUCGUUCGUUUCAAUUGCGCCCGAGCGCUGAGUGAACAAGAUAUAAAUACAAACAAAAAGAAAAGAAAACAAAAAAGACAAGAAAAAAACACCAGAAGAAAAGCAUCACAAGAAUUUUCCAUAAAACAGCAAAUGCCAAAUCGGCAAUUAAAAUAAAAUAUAAAAUUUGGACCGUAAAUUCAAAUAAUUUCUAUAUUUACAUAAAUGGAUAUAUGAAACGUGUUGUUGAAAGUUUUUGAGUUUUCUUUGUUUUCCAUCAACGGCAAAAAUGCAAUUUUUACUUGGACUUGGAGCCCUGCUCACGCUGCUGGCCACAGCUUACGCCAUCAGAUGCUAUUCAUGUGAGUCCGUUUACGAGGCGGGCUGCGGAGAAAAUUUCGAAAUUGAGAAUCAUUUUAAGUACGAUUGCGCCUUCAUUGCCCCUCCCCGUUUUCUGGACAUUGAGUUGGUCAACAAGAAUGCGACCGCGUGCCUCAAGCGCGUUUUUCGCGAAAAUGGCGUCCAAAAAUUCGUGCGUGGUUGCUACUUUGGCGAGGUCAACGAGACGGACAUCGGCUGCAAGCUGGACCCCACACUGAUCGCCGUGCAGAAUGCCAGCUGUCAUGUGUGCGAUAACGAGAACUUCUGCAAUGGAGCCGUUCAGAUGGAAGGGAAUGUUUGGAAACUGCCCGCUCUGGCGCUUUUUCUAGCUGCGUCGCAGUUGUUGCGAGCGGGCCAACGUGACGUAUGAGCGAUGUUGAAGCCAUUAGGCAAAUAAAUACGAUGUUGUUGUAAAUGGCGAUGGCCAAGAAAAAUGCGAGAAAGCCUGAAAAUCUAAGCUAAUAAAAAGUAAAUUAAUAUA